GUUUCAGGGACCGGUUUUACUUGCCAGACAGACCCGCCUCUGAGUGACUGUGGGCCGGGCUGUCAGAGGGAGAAAGGGGCGGGACAGGUGAGGAUAGAGAGGACAAGGAAAGGAUGAGGGACUUUUAAAGCCAUGUGGAGGGCAGAGGAGUGAGUAUUUACAGAGUUGUCGUCGUCGAAAAGAAGGAAGGAAGGAAUUAACCCUUUUUGUUCUUCACUAAGUGAACAGUCGUUUUUUAAAACCUUCAAUUUCACGGUUCGUCCUUUAAAGUGUGUCACUGUCAACACGGGGUCUUAUAUCACCUUCUUUGUGUCGCUUUAACAAAACAGAGGAGGUACUUAUUUGCGACUUUUUGCGACUUUUUGAUACAUUUGUGGUUAAACUGAACUGGUUUGGUUUGGUUUGGUCACCAUGGAGAAGCUGGACUGUCACUGUGAGGCUCAUCCGUUCCAUCAUGAGGUGAAGCUGACCCGGGCUCUCAGGAUCAGGGGCAUCAUCCUGGGCAGCGUCCUCUUCCCUAUCCGCGUCUCCCUCGCCGCCGUCUGUUUCCUCAUCAUGUGGCCCGUAUCUCGUCUACGAUUGGCGGGCCUGUCCGAGGAGGAGCGUUCCCGUCCCGUGGAGGGCUGGCGUCGCUGGUUAAUCCACCCCAUCGUCUUGUACCUGAGCCGAGCCUCCUUCCUCGCCCUGGGCUUCCCUUGGGUGACGAUCAAAGGUCGCAGGGCGGAUUUGAAGGAGGCGCCGGUGCUGGUGGUGGCGCCACACAGCACCUUCCUGGACAUGAUGGUUCUGUGUCAGACGGAGCUGGCGACAGUGGUAUCACGGUCGGAGAACUGCAGUCUGCCGGUCAUCGGAGCUCUGCUGGAGUUCAACCAGUCCGUGCUCGUGAGCAGAAAUGACCCGGAGUCCAGGAAGAAAGCGGUCGCCGAGCUCACAGAGAGGCUGACCUCUGACGGAUACUGGCCUCAGAUGCUGAUGUUCCCCGAAGGCACCACGUCUAACGGCAGCGCCCUCAUUAAAUUCAAGCCCGGUGCUUUCCUGGUCGGAGUCCCGGUCCAACCUGUUCUGUUGCGUUACCCCAACAAGCUGGACACUGUGCGAUGGUCACACACAGGAACAACCUGGCUUCAGGCUCUGUGGCACACAACUUCUCAGUUCUACACCAACAUGACCAUCGAGUUUCUGCCGGUUUACACACCGUCCCCAGAGGAGAAAAAUAACCCCACCCUGUACGCCGACAACGUUCAGAAACUCAUGGCCAAGGCCCUGGGCAUCCCCUCCACAAACUACCUGAUGGAAGGCGGUGUUCCUGUCAGCAAACUGGGCGGUCUCUCUCUCGCGCUGGAGUCUCCUGCCCGUGAAACCGUCUCACUGCUACACAAACACGGCCUGGGAGCACAAGAAGUGGAAGCAGCGCUGGAGAGGAUGAUGGACAGGUGUAAGACAGAACCUCAGGGGUCAAAGGUCAGCGCAGAGGAGCUGGGCUCUAUCCUGGAGCUGGAGGACAAACGGACAGCUGUCGAAAUCUGUGGAUUCUACUCCAAGGAUAAAACAGCGGACCUCAGACAGAUCUACUUUAGUAUCUCCGCUCUGUCAGGAUUUCUCAGCUUCAAGUCCGUCCUUCACACGGCGUUCACUCUGUUCGACAAAGAGAACAAGGGCAGUCUGAGUGCAGAGGAGCUGUCCGACCUCAUGGGGGCGCUGCUGGGUCUCCAUCAAAAUAACACUGCUAAACUUUACACUGAGGCCUCCAGUCAGGGUCAGCUUACUGAGGAACAUCUGCUGAAAACUCUCACAACCCACCCGAUUUACCAGAGAAUGGUGAUAGAAUACUUCCUGCCCAAGGAGCCGAGCUAUCGCGUGGCCAAUGAGAAGGCUGUGAACAACAACGGAAACAUGCAUAACAGCAACAGAUCCGAGGACUACAACAAAAAGAUUGAAUGAAGACCGAAUGCUCGGUGACGAGACGUGUGUGUUUUUAAUGUGUGUGUCGGGAUGUGUUCUUAAGCUGUAUUAAUGUAGGAUUUUAUUGACAAGAAACAGAAAAACAAAGAGAGGUUUGAAUUAUGACUACAGUUUCUCUCUGAUGUCGAUGUAUGAGAAAAAGUUUUUGAUCAUAUUUCAUGUCUUGAACUUCAGUAACUCUAGAAAAACACUGUUCCAUAUGCUGUUAAAACCUUUUUUAUACCAUUUAAACCUUGAAAUGUGUUAUUUAUAAAAAAUGCCUACGUGGAUAUUGUAUGUUUUUAAACGGGACAAUGGUCUGUGCAAAAAGAAACGUGUAGCUCUGUAAAUCAAGACAUUUAUUUUAUUGACAUUUUCUUACACGUGUUCAUAUUUUUGUAUUUAACAAUGAAUUAAACUGUGAAUUGUUUUAAAGACAGUUUGCCGUGUUCAACACA